AUGGUCUGGGGUCGCCCGGUUGUGGGAGAUGGCGUGAUAGAAGACGUGGGGAACCAGACCUCGUGUCGACUGGCGGGGCUCCGGCACGGAACGGUUUACUUUGUCCAAGUGCGCUGUAACCCAGUGGGCAUUUACGGCUCUCGCAAAGCUGGCAUCUGGAGCGAGUGGAGCCAUCCCACUGCAGCCUCCACCCCGCAGACCGUGGUGAUGCCCGGCUCAUGCGACUCCAAAUCCAGCGCGGACUCCAACUCCACGCUGCGGCGGGAGCUGAAGCAGUUCUUCGGCUGGGUGCGUAAACACGCCUACGGCUGCAGCAGCAUGUCCAUGAAGAUGUACGACCAGUGGAGGGGGCUCAUGCAGAAGUCACACAAAAGCCGCAACCAGGUUCUACCAGGGGAUAAGUCGUAG